CUACCUGCGCGAUCGACCGAUCGUGCACGAACUUGCGUGAUCGGUCGAUGGGGUCUCAAUCUGCCGAUUGCGCAUAUCCACAAAUCGCGCUCGACAUCAUUGUUACAGAACUCGAUCAGGGAGGCUACGUGUUCCCAGUAUGAUUCUCGUCGUGUUUUGAUGUCAUUUUACAGUAUAUUAUUCUUCAAUCGUACAUCACUGUCGUCAGCGUCCCUUCCUACAAUUUAGUUACAAGACUGGAACUCCAACCCUUAACAUGAGCUUCUCCAAGAGAGCCUGUUUUUUGGUGCUUUGGUUGUCUUCUGCAAACCUCGUAUUUUGCGUUUUGUCUGAUGGAAUUACGGGCGGCCCAGUCAAGUGCAUCCUGGACAGUAAAUGUUCCUGUACUAUGUCAGACAAUAGCGGGCGCUAUGACCUCUCAAAGCUUUCAGGCUCCCCAACCCCUUAUUUUGAGAUUGUGGGUCGAAAUAGCUCUGAAAAAUUUUAUUACGAUCCUUGUGUACCAUUCUCGAUUCCUGAUGCAGUCAGCGGUCAGGAAACGGCGUGUGAAUAUGUUGCUGUAUGCCAAACGGAGACAUCUACAGCAGAACGGAAAACAAGAUACUUCAACAUUGCGAAACACAUCACGACGGACUUCAUUUAUCAUCCCCCUACGCAGCAAAUGACUGUUCACUACACCAAUGAUGAUGUGUUUCACCCAUUCACCACGGAAGUUCAACUGCGCUGCACGCCCAAUUCAGACACCUACAACCUGCAGUACCUGCGCUUGACUGACAGUGCUGCAUCGUUCAGUCUCAGUUCCCGCUAUGCUUGUCUGGUCAAGCCAGACAAGGCAGGCCUGAGCUUUGGCAGUGUGCUGUGCAUCCUAUUCAGCUUGUCUUUCAUUGUCUACUUUGUGGGAGGUGCUUUGGUGCUGGUCUUCAUUCAACACAAGCCGCUCAGUGAGUCCAUACCGCCCAACAAGGACUUCUGGUUGGAGCUGCCUGAUCUGAUCCUGGACGGGGCCAGGUUUGCAAUGAACGGCUUCAAAGUCAGUCAUGUGGCCCACCAGCGACUGGACAGGGUGGAUGAUGAUGACCACCACCCCUACCACGACGACCUCAAUGACGAGGAAGAGUUGGAAUCCAAGCCGCAACCCAGUGCAGGACCCCCCGAGUCAUCGGACGGUUUCACAGCAGUCCCUGUGUGAUGCCCCGCCCACGUUCUUCCUUAACCCAAUGUGAUCUACAAGAAGUGUGAUGCCCCGCCCACUUCCUUCUUGAACCCAGUGUGAUCUACACAUAGGGUGAUACCCUGCCCGCUUUCUUGCUGAGCCCAAUGUGAUCUAGAGGAACUAUACAUCCAGAACAUGUGAAUUUCUUUCCCCAGCUUAAUAGGUAUUAAUUGUUAUGGACAGUGUAUAUGUCUGCAUGUAUAUUGUCGAGUGUAUCGUGAUGCGUACUUUUGCUUCCAGUUGUAUUUAACAAGUGACUGCAUUAUAAUCAGUGGCAACCUACCCUCUACAACAGAUAGCCCCAUAAAUGUGGCCAGUUUACUGGACUACCUCCGUAAAUAAAGGCCACACUUCUACCAUGUACAAAAACAUGUCGAACUUU